AUGAUUGAUUUACUUCAACUGAACUGUACAUGCUCCAGCUUGGUUGCAUGCGAAAGUAGAGGAUGGGAAGACGGCAAGCGCACGGCGAUUCGGAUGACCCAGAAAGUGUCACCUGACUUUGUGCAUGCAACGAUCAAGCUGGCAAAGGCAUCACCGCCUGGUCGUCAAGCCCGUGCCGACGCCGGAGUGGGGCAUCCAGUGGCCGGACAAAUCAGAGGCUUGACAACACGCCGAGAUAGGGGAUCUCUGUCUCCGAGACCCCUCCUUAUCUACUCCGAGACGAUGGCCCGAUCCGGCAAGAUGUGGUACCUCCCCAAUUUUGUUGAGCUCGUCUUCAGCACGAUCACCCCAGCCCACCAAAGCAGUCUUCAAAUCUCACACAGACUGGUACAAACCCGAGAUCAAGUUAUCAGAGCCUACAUCACAAUGGCCCCUAGCAUCAGCCAAAUCCCAGAGACCUCCUCUGUGGGGAGCACACUGCCCAAGAAAGCCACCGCCUCAACCAUCCCACAACCAAUCUCCGUCACCGACCUCUUCAGCACAGAGUCAUCCACCUUCACCGGCUCCGCCCUCAAGGCAACGGCCAUACAGUCCCGGCACGACUUCAUCCCCCUCGGCAUCGGCCGUCCCUCGGCGGAGCUGUACCCGUGGAAGAACGGCGACGUGAGCAGCUACUUCAGCGGGCUGGAAGCGCCCGCGCCGAUCCCCUCAGCCCCAGUCCUCCAGGAUGAGCACACAGCCCACUCCUCUUCCCUCCAUCGUACAGACAGACCACUAGAGGUCAUCUCCAACGAGGCAUUCACGUACGGCCCCACGCCGGGAGUCACAGAGCUAGUCUCCUUCCUGACCUCCCACGUCGGCGCCACGCACAGCCCGCAGUACCGCGGCUGGCGCACGUGCCUGUCCACGGGGUCCACCGCGGGCAUCGAGAUCUCGCUGCGCAUCUUCUGCAACCGCGGCGACGCCGUGCUCGUCGAGGAGAAGACGUACCCGGGCUUCAUGGAGGCGUCGGCUCUGAUCGGCCUGCGACCUGUCGCGGUGGGCAUGGACGACGACGGCUUGCGGGCGGACCUGCUGGAGGAGAUGCUCUCGAGCUGGGAUGCUGCGGCGGCGCGGGACGGCCACGGGGUGCGCAAGCCGAGAGUGCUGUACACCAUCCCCACGGGCCAGAACCCGACGGGCAUCACCCAGCCCCUUGCCCGGCGGAGGGAGAUUUACGCCGUCGCGCAGCGGCACGGGCUCAUCAUCAUCGAGGACGACCCGUACGUGUAUCUGCAGAUGGGCGCGUACCAUGGUGGUGAUGGUGUCGGUGACAACGACGGCCCGGCGAACGGUGUUGCGGCGGCGUACGAGCUCCCUACGUCGUAUCUGUCUCUGGACACAGAGGGUCGUGUCAUCCGCCUCGACUCUUUCUCCAAGAUAAUGGCGCCGGGCCUGCGAGCUGGCUGGGUCACCGCCUCGGACCAGAUCAUCACCAAGUUUCUCGCCUACACGGAGAACACGUGUGGGAUUGUGAGCGGCGUGACCCAGCUGCUGCUGUAUAACCUGCUGUGUCGGCAGUGGGGCGAGCCCGGGUUCAAGCGGUGGAGAGAGGAGCUGGCAAAAACGUACCGUAGGCGAAGGGACGCCGUGGUGGGUGUUUGCUUGAGAGAGCUCCCCAUGGCCAACGGGCAAGACUUGGCAACGAGGAAGGGGGUGUGCACCUUCCGCGUGCCGGAACAGGGAAUGUUCUUGUGGAUCAACAUCGAUGUCAGCGGGCACGCGGCGUACGUUGAGCUGAUGAGGGAAGCUGAGCGGGACAGUUCCGAGAAGGAAGUGGUUGCGGCUAAGCUGCGUGCUUGGCGUGCCGCUUUCGAGGCCCAGCUCGUCGUCGACUCCCUGGACAAUGGUGUCCAGGUCACUCGGGGCGGCUUGUUCCAGCUCGGUGAGAAGGACAAGCACGAGGUUUACAUCCGCAUGACGUUCGCCGCUGCCAAUGAGGCUGAGCUUGCGGAGGGUGCGAGAAGAUUCGCCGAGGUUGUGAGGCGGCACUUUCCCUAG